GCCCCCGCGCGAGGCGCCACGGCGACGGCGGCAGCGCCACGGCACGCGCGGCCGCUUAUAAGCCGCUCCCCACGCCCGUUCUCCCGGAACACAGGACUACGCCGUGCGCGCGUUCGCUUCGUUGCCAAUGUACUCGCAGACGCUCCGGGCGGCUAGCAGCACGGGACUCGGGUUCGCGCUCGGCAGGGGAGGCGGCGGGCGUGCCGCGGCGCCGGGCCUGGUGGUGCCCGCCGCAGGAGCGGCCCGCGGGAGGAGCGUCUCCGCGACGCCGGCGGCCGAGGCGCCCGUGCCCGGGGACCAGGGCGUCGCCAUGGAGCAGCCGAAGCAGCAGCAGCCGCAGGUGCCCCCGCAGGACGCCGGGGGCAAGAGCAAGCGCGACGACAUGCACAAGACCACCGGGGACGUAAUGACCCACUCGUUCGGGGAGGGGUACUCGACGCGCUCCGACGAGGAGGGGUUCGGCGGCGUGUACGGCGGGAACGACCCGGUCGAGCACCCCGGCACGGAGAUCCACCCCAGCCAUCCCGAGUACGACACGACGCAGGGGUCGGAGGUGAAGGAGAAGGAGAAGGCGCGCCACCUCAAGGACGAGAAGCACGCCACCUAGGCGGCGAGCGACGCACGCCUCGAGUCAGGCUUCUCGCCGUUCAGUUAGUUCACGAGUUCCCUUCGCUCCCGGGGGGAGGCGUCGCGGGGUUCGCAGCUUUAGAAAUGCUACUAUUAUAUUUCGAGUUUGCUGAGAUGUAGUAGAGAUUCAGUAAUCUGUCUUAAGGACCCUUGGUGCUAUAUGUUCUUUCUGCUCUUGUGUAAGAUGAGAACUUUGGGGGGUCUUGGAUGGCUUUCCAUGGCACUAUCUCUUUUCAAUUCUUCCGGUAAUAAGAACAACCGCGACCGAUUUAUUCAAGGACA